GUCUAUUUAAUACAUUGAAAAUGUAUUGAAAAUUGAAAUAUUGACUUUUAUACUCAUUCUGAGGGAGUAUUAAUCUGAGUUGUGCGGGGAAACAAGAGAAUUUGAUACACACCAUUUUCCCUAGUCUUGAAUGUGAACCAAACAGAAAGAAAAUACGAUGAGUCCAAACUUCAGAACCGGUGACAUUGUAUGGGCAAAUCCAACAAUCCCCUCCCCUUCCACCACCACCAGCUGGUCUCCGGCCCUCAUCACAUCCUCCUCCGACCUCACCAUCUCCCUCUCCUUCUUCAACAACCCCAUCCCCACCCGCACAUUCUUUCUCGAAUCCGAACUCCUCCCCUUCGACCAACCAUUCCCCUUUACAACCUCAAUUCCUCCCCAAAACGACGCGUUUAGAACCGCCCUUAGGUUAUUCGGUCUCAGAAUCGUUUCCGGUUUAACCUGCCGCUGUAUAAUAACCGGCCAUAAUGAAGAUAAGAGAGGUUUAAACCGGUUUGAACCGGAUAGGGUUUUGGCUUUUGUUUUGCAUGCUGCUGUUUCUCCUUGGGUGGAAGGUUCGCGGGUUGUUGAUGCCGUUAAGUUGGUUGCAAAUGUUCAUGCUUUUCGUAGGUAUUCUUCAGUUCGGCAGAAGAAACUCUACCAAGAAAAUCGAAAAUUAGGUGAUAAUGUAAAGCUGCAUCGAUGUUCCUCUUUGAGUCAGAAGGUUCACUUAGGUACUCGUAAAUCUGCGGCUUUAGAAUCCAAAGAUAAAUCUCAGGUCAUAUCCAAGCAAGGGGAGGAAAACUCAACCAUUGGUGCUAUAAGAAGAUUGAACCCAACAGUUCCUGAUUUGGAAGGAUAUAGUGGUAAGGCUGAACUCUUUAUGCAUUCUACUGCCUUAAUCCCAUUGCACAUUAGGGGAAACAAUCUAAAGUUGGAAAGGCAGAACCUCUUGAGAUUUAAAAGUAUAUUACCCCGUGGCCUAGUCGAUAUGUGCUUUGGAAACUAUUCUAGAAUGAGGGAAGCUCACUUUUCUAUUUCUUCAAACUUAAAUACUCACUUGAUCAGUUAUAUCAGUAAAAGAAAAGAAGAUGUACCAAGGCUUUGCUCUGGAUUGGAAGAAGCAGAGAUCACUAUAUGCCUCAACAGGAAAAGAAAGCGAGGUGAUAAACAUGAUUUAGGUCAUGUUUUUCCGCAAACUAGCAGAACACACAUAAAAAAAAAUACUAGACCUAGGAUCUUAAACAUCAAGAUGCUUGAACCAGAAGAAAGUAUACAAAUAGACUAUCAGGCCCGCGUACAUUUUGGCGAAACUAACAUAAAUUUCACUGAUAAGGAUCAGAAACUUGAUAUGAAAAGAAGUCAACAUUUGACCUUACAGCAGUCUUUUACCCGUGAAUAUUCACCCAACAUGGUGGCUGACUUCCAAUCUGAUAACUGUGAGGUUGAUGCUAGUGCAGCAAAAGUUAACUUUGUGUUGGGAUCUAAGUCCCCUGUUUACCAGAAGAGGCUGCAAAGAAUUCGCAAUGGUGAUAUAACACCUCUUAAGUCAAAAGACUCAGUGAGAAUAAAAUCGUUUUCUGGGGAUUGUUUGGUGGAGAGUAAAGAUUCUUAUCACUAUAUUGCUUCUUGUUCAACAUUUAAAUCAAAAGUUGGACAGCAAUCAAAACCACAUGUUCCCUUAUGUUCUAAAUCUUUGCACAUGAAGUUUCCCUAUAAUUUCAACAUACCUUCGAAAGAACAGCUAAUAAAGAAUUUUAGUGUAUUUGGCUCCGUAGAUUCUUCAAGCACAAGAGUCUCUUGGCACUAUGGCUCAGCUCAGGUGGUUUUUUUCAAAGAAAGUGACACAGUUGCUGCAUAUCACUAUGCCAAAAGGAAAGUCUGGUUUGGUGAGCCUAAUAUCCAGUUUUGGCUUGAACCUUUUGAGCACGAACGGAGAGAACUCAAGUGUUCAUAUCUCAUUAGUCCCUUAUGUUCUAAAUCUUUGCACAUGAAGUUCCCCAAGAAUUUCAACCUACCGUCGAAAGAACAACUAAUAAAGAAGUUUAGUGUAUUUGGCUCAGUAGAUUCUUCAAGCACAAGAGUCUCUUGGUACUGUGGCUCAGCUCAGGUGGCUUUUUUCAAAGAAAGUGACGCAGUUGUUGCAUAUAAAUAUGCCAAAAGGAAGAUCUGGUUCGGUGAGCCUAAUAUCCGGUUUUGGCUUGAUCCUUUUGAGCACAAACGAAGAGAUCUCAAGUGUUCAUAUCCCAUGCAGCCAUCAUCAAACAAACUAAUAGGACCACCACUGAAAUCAUGUCUGAAAAAAUCCAAUUCCUUGAAACAGGAAAACAGAAAGAAACAUUAUAGGGUAAGAUUUACUGUAGAAACUUAGUUUGUACAAAUUUGUUGUAUUAAGCAUGUCUUACCCUAUUCAAUGAAGUGUUUCUGCUUAUCUUUGCUCCUUUUUUUAACUAUGGAUGAUGAAUGCCAAAGCUUUAUUUAAUAUCAUGCAUGCAUGCAAGUACUCAAAAACUUGCAGUGGACCUUGAUUCCUUGCAAUCUAAACAUGGAAGAAAUCUGUCGUUAUAGGUAGGUAUAUAGGCCGUGGACCUUGAUUCCUUGCAAUCUAAGUUACUUACAGUCACUACAAUAAGUUCAUCUAAGCUAUUGAAUCUAGAUCUGGCAGGUUACAUAAUGAUUUUGGAAAAAUCUUCUAUCAAUCUUAGAAAAUCAAACAACUAGCUCAAAAUUCAAAAUACCCAAAAGCGAACACUUAAUUGUUGUUUAU